CACUUCACGAACAAUUAUAGUUACAAAUAACUUCGAAAUACAAACCGCUGCUAGUGAUUAUGGCAAGGUUUGAAUCUGAAACACCGACGGUGCCCGAAACAUCGAAGGAGGAGUUCGAACGGGAGUUAAAAACGCUAUUGCAUACCAAUGAUGUUGAAGCUGCCGACGAUAAUGACGAUUUUGGUGCUGAUGACGACGAUGCCGAUAUGCUGGACGCUGAUGGAGCCACUGUGGACAACGACAGAGCCGAAGACGCCAACCAGCUCAUGUGUGAAAUUUUGGCUAAAGUGUGUGAGGCAACCGGAAUUAAACUCGACGCACAGCUCAACUUCGAUGGCAAAGCUGCACUACAAGAAGCGCUGAUCGAAGUUUGUGCAAGCAUUGGCGCACGGAAUCCAGAUUUUGCAAGCCACGAGUUCAGAUCGCAAAUGAUGGAAUAUGGAGGCAAUGAGACGCGAGAACCUUUUGUUGACUCGUUGCCAAUUGGAGAAGAUCAUAUUCUGCUACUGGUGGUGUGCCAGGAAAAUGAGUCGGUUGCUAUACUAGAUUUUAUCUGAAAUAACACAAUUCUGGACGAGCUGCAAAUUCGCAUAGCAGGUGGUUUUCAAAACAUUGGUGUGAUUGCGGUAUCCGCUGAAUCUCAGGAUACUUAUCAGUACCUGAGGAUGCUCGACCAGAGAUUAAGUGUUAGUUGCCCUUCGGUAAUUUUCAUGUCACAUGUGGCUCAUUAUCCCAACAUAGUCACAAACUACAUAAAUGAACGGCAAGUGACAGAGACGGCUGAAGUUGUGAGGCGAAGAGGUGUGGUGCAGAACCUGGCUACUGGAGACGCUCAAAGCUUUGCAGAUCUAAUGAAACACAGUAUCGGUCAGAGACUAAGAUGAAGGCUGGAAUGUUUUCCGAAUAUAGUGAGAAGUAACCAACAGGCUGCUCUCGUGAUUGCAGGCCGUUGAUUGCUGCCUACCAUAGUUGAGGGUCAGAUAUCCAGGAACUUUGAUCUUGACUUUUGUAUGCAGUAGCUCUUAACUUAAUUUUUCCACUCUUGUCAGGAGGCGAACAUUUAACAUUCUACUGAUUUGAUUUACAGCCGAUAGUGCUUUUUUAAUAAACAUAACCAUCGAAUAG